AUGUCCUACGGCAGUGAGACGCCGCACAUUUGGAGUGGCUCUUCAGGCGGCGAAGUAUCUCCCUACGGACCCUUGUGGGACGCUCCACCAGCGCCAGUGCCUUAUCCAGACAUCCUGGCGUUCCCACCCGCCGACCUUGUGUGGUCGGCGGCAGGAUGCGGCCGUGGGGCUCGUUCGACCCCUGGCGGCAAGAAACCACGCCGUCGGGUCGCAUCCAUUGCUCAACGUCGAGCUGCUAACAUCCGCGAACGACGCCGAAUGUUCAAUCUGAAUGAAGCCUUCGAUAAACUGAGGAGAAAGGAUGUGUGGGGUGGUUAUGAAUUGUUUUUGGUUCCAUUAAAGGAUCCCACACUACAAACAGUUUUCUUUCAGGUUCCAACAUUUGCUUACGAGAAACGUCUCUCUCGAAUAGAGACUCUUCGGCUAGCGAUCACGUAUAUAAGCUUCAUGUGUGAACUUCUUCACGGCUCCCCUCAACCCCAUCACGCGUCGCAUCAUUCUUUGCACCCUCCGAGACAUGUCUUUGACGCCGACGUGCCGUGGUGCGCUUAA